AUGACGGACCGCCGCACGUCAGCUGCUGCUGCUCCUGUCGCGUCGCCAAACAUUCCCCCAGCACCUCCACCACCGCCCCCCAAGCCAAAGUCCCGCUCGUACUUUGAGCGCUUUGUAGCCCAACCCUUGACUACCGCCUACGGGUCGCGUCCACCCAGUGCGCAGACGAGUCGAGCCGAGGGCGGGCCCCCAAACGUGCUAGUGCCGAGACUUCCCGGCAUUCGCACAGGCUACUCGCAAGAUGCAAGCCACAAGACAGGCCUCGACAUCUCGGCCCUGGACAUCAACCGUGAGAGGACGCAUGCUGUCCUGGCGGGCAAGGAAAUCCUAAAAACAGUACGCGUGCAAGAUGCCAAGAUUGUCGACGAAACCAAUCUGCGCGCUGCCGUCCUCAACUAUGCAGACUCACAUGUCAGACAGCGCGAAGGCCUCGGAAUCCACGACGUCAAGUGGUCCCAUGGCCAAUUCAGCUCCCACAUCGCCACGGCCGCUGCCAACGGCAAAGUCAUCCUCUACGACCUGAACCGUGCCAGCGUGGAGCUCACUAGAUUGCACGAGCAUACCCGUCAGGUACACAAGCUUGCAUUCAACCCUCACCAGGGCCACUUGCUGCUGUCUGCAAGCCACGAUGCCACCGUUCGCCUGUGGGACUUGCGCGAUAUGCGCAGAGACGUCACCACCUGCCGCAGUCGAGAUCAGUACGCUGGCGUCAACGGUGGCAUUCGAGACGUCCAAUGGUCCCCUACCGACGCUGUCGAGUUCGCCUUUGGCACGGACAACGGCACCAUCCAGCGCUGGGACUUCCGCUACAAUAAAGGCCCAAAGCAGAAAAUCACCGCCCACGACCAGCGCAUCUGCACCUCCAUCGACUGGCAUCCCGAUGGCAAGCAUUUGCUCAGUGCCGGCGUCGAUCGAACCGUCAAGGUCUGGGACUUUUCCCUCGUCGGCCGCCGCCAAAAGGCGGCUUGGGUCUUGACCACGCCCUACCCCGUCUACAAGGCGAGAUGGAGACCGCCAUACUGGUCUGAUGAGUAUCAUGAGAAAGGCGCCUACCAAUGCACCCAGAUAGCCACGUCCUACGAUCGUGAGCAUCCCGGCAUCCACGUCUGGGACUUUCGUCGGCCCUACUUGCCUUUUCGCCAGAUCAACAAAUUUGCUAGCGCACCCUCUGACAUGCUUUGGCACUCGCGUGACACCCUGUGGACGGUGGGAAAGGAAGGCGUCUUCCAGCAAAACGAUGUGCACCAUGCUCCCAAAACGGUGGAUCGCCGUAACUUGCAGGCUCUUGCAGUAUCGCCAAGCGGCGAAGUUGGCGGCGUGGCGCAAAGAAGACCACGGCGCCGGUCCUCGGCUGGUUUAGCGUAUCCCGAGGAUGCUUACGCUAGUAGUACACGUGCCCGACGCGGUAGUCCAGAGAAGGGCAGCCUACGAAGCUCGGCAGAUGACAGUCUAGAUGACAGCUUUCUCGCCUCAUCCAUGAAGCGACAUCAUGGCCGCACGGCAAGCAACAGAUCGGCCAAAUCCUUCAGCAGCACCCCUCCAUCUGACACUGCACCCAAAGUCAUGUUCCUCAGCGACUCCAUGACCACACAUGGCGAGUCGUUCAAGCCGAACCAACUGGCCUUUCGGGGCACACUGCCAGGUGCCUCCAACGUUCACAUCUUUGCUUAUCUAGCUCAAAAGUACAAAGCGAUACCACUUUCUGAUCCGCCCGACUUGCUCUCGUUUCUCGAGCUGGACCGAGUGUUUGAGCAAAACGCAGAGUACGCACAGCGAGCUGCUCUAUACAGGCUUGCACAGACGUGGAGAGUAGUUGGCGCGUCCAUUACCAGUGCAACACGGCGACGGGCAGAGUUGCACAGAGAACGAAGAUUGCGCAAGCCUACAGCGUCAGCGUCAGCGGACAUGGACAGUAAAAGUAAUCUUGAACUUUUAGAGGCACAGGACAAGCGGUGGUCAGUUCCAGCAAACCCCGCAGUGCGUGCUAUUCUCGGUACACUCGAGAAACCGAGUCCAGUGCUGCCUUUAGCCCAAACUCCGCCCAUCAGUGAAAGCACGUCUAAUAUUACCACCCCUCUCGCUCGCCCACUGACAACCUCCAACUCCACUGUAAACAACCCAGAAAGGCCCGAUCUUCUGGAUCUUGAUCAAGAGCAAAUCACUCUGCCGCCGCCUGUUGUCACUACUCCACAGACUAAUGCUGGCAGUUCCCUGGGUGGAAACAAAACGCUUACACCUUCACAAGCCAUCUUCAACGGGCCAAAUUGGUACCACGCUACAGAUGGCCUCGAUGAACGCCGUGCUAUGGUCAGCAGUUGGCGAGCGUCCCCACGGAUACCAUUGAGCCUUGAACCCACUAACCCACAAGGGAUCAGCAUAACCGUCCCGCCUCCGUUAGAGAGGCACGAUUCGGGAGAAAGUUUCGCCAUGUUCUCCGCUUCCACAGAUUCGCAACGCGGCAACUCCAUGCCAAGCUCGUUUGCGAGUGACAAGUCGCGCUUGCAAACCACAGACUCCUUCUCAGAGAGUUGGCAAGUCAGUACAGAAAAUUCAAGCUUUGGCAACCCUAGAAUCACGUCCACGGAGGAUCAACAACAGGGAAGUAUUCCACUAUCACCAACUGGCAUCCCUUUGGAUAUAGUUCGGGAUGGAACCGACGUGCCUUUAGAUCAAGGUGUCCAACCAGGCUCAACCCGUGAGGAUCCGGGCCACUUGGUCGAAUUCAGCAGCGGGGAGCGAGCAGUGCAGGAGAUGCAGCAUUUGCGACGCAACAAUCAGCUGCUUCGUCAUGAUAGCUCUGAGUCUGAAGCAUACGCCAGCAGCCUCGACGACACGUCCAUUUCCUCACUGGAGCACAGCACUGAUAUGGAUGCUAGUGGAACAAUUGUACCUGAAGUCUUCGACGAGGUUAGAUCGCCACAGGGCUGGAAGCCACCUGCACCCCUGCCCCCUACCACGAAUAGUGUGCCUCCUGUACUUGAUCCAGCUGUUGGGAAUGCGUUGUCGCUCUCUGACUUCCAAGCUCUGCACAUUGAUGCUGAGGAGGGAUCAUCCUACUCUGUCAUCGGGUUUCUGAAUCAUCUGCUCGCUUACCACUCAAGCGCAUCAGACGCACAAUUUUCAUCGCUCCUACUUCUACUUCUAGCACCACUACUGCCGCAGACGCACAGCCCUUCUCCAGCAACUGCCGUAGACGUUGGCGAAGUUCUCACCACCUUCACAGAUACCUUCGUGUCGCUUGGUUUGACACCAACGCAAGCAAAAGCUAUUCUCUCAACGCAGCUGAGUCAAUUAAUUGCCGCCGGUAUUAAUCCUUACCAAGCAGAAUCCAUCCUGCAUACGUAUCAUGCGCAGCUACACAGUCUUUCCCUGUACAAUUCCGCGGCUUCCCUUCGCCGACUCGCGUAUCCCGCAUAUCCUGCCGUUUACGAACAGGCGCUAAAAGACACCCAACUUGGGCUACUGUGCCUCAGUUGCAAGUCACCAAUCAAUAACCCCAACAACAAGAUGCGUUGCGAGUCAUGCAAGCGAGCACAGGCACCAUGUCCUAUUUGCUGGGGCAAGUAUCCAGCUUUCGAGCCGAUCACUGCGAAGAAGAAGGCAAAAGCCAAACUCCGAUCAACCUAUCAUGACAGACGGAAGCGGUCCUCGACUAUUUCGAAUCCGGCUCCCGAUUCGGAUCAUGAGGAUGAGGCAUCGCCCGUGGCCCCAGCAGAAUGGGGACCGCCUAUCGCGACACUUUGGUCAUGGUGUUCGCUGUGUGGGCAUGGUGGACAUGCAAACUGUCUAUCGACAUGGUUCAUCGACCCUACCUUGUCAGAUGGGGCCUGUCCGACCGAAGGAUGCCUCUGCGAUUGUGUACAGGGUAAACGGCGAGACGAGAAGCUCCAGGAAGUUCUCCGGAAAAAAGCAGAGAAGGAUCGUACGAAACCCGUCCGCAAAGGCGACGACUGGAAAGUAAACGAAAGCAAAGCGGUAUCAGCAGUCCGUGGUGCUCUCGACAAAGAGGAUAAUAAACGGGUACGAGUCCUCACUCCCGACCCUACUUCACAAGCUUCCGGCACUCCGUACGGCCCGUCGCCUGGAUCGACAUUCGGCAAAAUGCCGAAACGCUAA